AUGCCAUGUCGACUUGAGUCUCACUCCCCUCUUCAUCUUUCCCACCCAUCCUCUAACUUCUGAGGAUCACCUUUCUACCGCCUCUUCCGCACAGCAAUAUCCGACCUUUCUACUGCUUGAGUGCUAGUCGAAGGUUUGGUAUGGCUGCCCAGUUUAAUUCGAAGCCUUGAGCAGGUUCUCAAGACCUUUUCCCAACCUUUAUUGUCGCCAGUAUUCGCCUAACAUUGAUAAGCGCCUAGAAAACACCUUUCCACAGCCAUAAUCUCGAAGCUCACCGCCAGCUUUGUAUUCAUCGUUGCCGCCUCUACCGCCUCUGCUGUCUCUUUGGACCUCUUCCUUAUUCAAAAUGGAAGAAGCCAAAACCCUCCUUCGCACAGCCGUGCGCACCUUCUUCUCCCACCCCAAACAAAUCCUUUUGAUUGAUGCCCUCAUGGUUCAUUCAGUUCUCCACAUCGACGACAUGGCCAUCAUCUGCUCGUCUCAAGCAAAAGAUAUCCGCGCUCUCAUCAACCCCCUCAAAGCCGCCCGUUUACUCACCACCCACUCUCGUGUCGAAGUCCGAGUCGGAACCCAACGGGGAGUCACAAGAGACUAUUACUAUUCGCCCUUUCACCCAGCCAUCGACGCAAUCAAGUAUCGGAUUGCGAAACUCCGCAAAAAGGUCAACGAUUUGUACAAGGAAGACGAGACCAAGCGCAAGGACUGGCGAUGUCCCCGGUGCAAGGCGGAAUAUGAAGAGUUGGAGAUCCUAGACAAAAUUGGUGAUGAAGGUUUCUUCUGCGACCGAUGCGGCGCCACUCUCGUGCAGAACAAACAGGCCGUCAAAGACAAGGGAUCCCAUGAAAAGAUCCUGAGAUUGAAUUCUCAGUUGAAGAAGUUCGAUGAUAUCCUCCUCAAGAUCGACCACAAGGAUAUUCCCGAGAAUGAUUUCGUGUCAGCUUGGGAACGAAAGAAAGAAGUUCCUCGCGAGAGAGGUGGUCGCGAAGGCAAUCAGUACAUGGAGUUGAAGCGGGACGACAGAAACGCGAAGCGUGGGCCGGAGAUGGUUAAGGUGGAGAAUCUGGCGAUCAAUCUCACGAGUGGAGCCCAGGCCGACCGUGAAGAGCAGGAAAAGAAGGAGGAGCGGAAGAGGUUGCUGGCGAAGCAAAAUCAACUACCCGUAUGGCACACACAGAGCGCAAUUGGUGCCAACGGAGGCGCCACUGUCGACACUAUCAAAGGAGACUCCGCAGCCGACACCAUCAAAGCAGAAACCGCAGCCGACGACGACAGCCCUAUGCUGAAGCGCGAGGGCUCGGUCGACGAGAAAAAGCCUCUACCCGAUGUUCCCAGUCCACUCAAACAAAAUACGACAUCAGCCAUCACAUCAUCAUCCUCGCUUGCAGCUCCAAAUAUGCAGGAUGAAGUGGCCGCCUAUAUGGCGGAAAUGGAACGGGAACGGCAAGAAGCCGAGCGGCGGGCAGAGGCGGAAGAUGCCGAGGAAGACGAAGAAGACGAUGACCUCCAAUUCGAAGACGUUGUCGGUACAAGUGUCGCAGGUACUCCUGCGAGUUCAUCACAGGGCUUGUCGUUCAGUCGCAAUGGCCUCGCCGACCCCAAAGCCAUCAACGGCAUUAAGCGUGAAUUUGAAGACGACGAUUCGAGCGAAGCCAACACUCCAGCAUCAAGCUUUGGUGAUCGCGGGGAACCCAACAAACGAGUCAAAUUCGAAAACGGUGGCCCUACAUCAGGCGUCUCGUUUGGAGACGCAACUGGACUUGGAAAUGGAGGAGAUAGUGAUGAAGAUGAAGACUUUGAAGAUGCUCUGUGAGGAGCGGAGGAUCACACACAUACACAAGGUGGAUCGAUCGAAUUUCGAACACCUCGCUGGCUGGUAGAUGGAUGAAUGCCACCAAUCAAACAAGUCUCGAGAAAGAACUGAUAAAACCAGGAUAUCGUAUCCUGUGGAUGGUACAGAAUAGAAACAUGUGAAUGACGAGAAUCUUAGAUAAUAUGCCAAACCAAAAAUAAAAGGAAAUAGGAAAACGACAAC